UACCCCCCUUGGAAGCGGGGCAGUGUUUCUAGAGAGAAGGUAGGAGAGCAGUUUGCAAGGACAUCAGGCAUCAUCUAGCUGGGUGCAGCCCAGUCCAGAUGUGAAUUUGCACAAUGAGUGAUAAAGAGGAGUCUGGAGGCAAAAGGGCUAUGGGGAGCCCUAAGAAAACUGAUCUGGAGGCAUCAUCGUUGAUGAAGACAAAGGACAGCGUGAGCAGGAAAAUAAAAAGCGACUCUGAGCAGAAGCAGCCGAAAGCAAAGGCUGGGAGCAGGGAGCAGGAAGAAACUCAGCAAAGCAAUCGGCCCCCGGGGCCAAAAGAAAAAAAGAAUUCAAAGAAAUUGAAAGAAAAGCCCUUGCAAGAAAACAUCAUCAGCAGCUCUCUGAAGCAAGAGGUGGCUGCGGAGAAUGAAGUCUCCGGUCAGAAGCCAGAAGAGAAGCCAAAGGAUCCAGAGGUGGAGAAAGUCAGGCGUAGACAGGUGGAGGUGGACUCUGUCAUGGCCCAGAAUCCAUUCUCAGGACUGGAGAGUGCCUUGAAGUAA